AUGGAGACGAAGGCUUUUCUUUUGAUUCUCCUACUUUCCUGCAAUCUUCUGUUCUCAAGGGCGGCGGAACAGCGGAUGGUGUUCGCGCAUUACCUGCUUUACCAGCCGGAAACCAUAGAGACGCUGAAAAAAGAGAUCCAACUUGCGCAGAGCAAAGGCAUCGAUGGCUUCGCCCUCAACAGCAACGAGUGGCGAGAGGCGCGCGCAGACGACAUGUACGAGGCGGCAAAACAAGUGGGUUCCUCUUUCAAGCUCUUCUUCUCCGCCGACAUCCACAAGGACUCCAACGGCAACCUCACGCCCGACCAGCUGGUUGCCAUGCUCAGUUCCAAAUACACUUCCCACCCCAACCAGAUGAAAUACCAAGACAGGCCCUUGUUCAGCUCCUGGCUCGGAAGUAACGAUUCCUGGUGGAAGGAAUACAACUACGCCUCUGCUCUGGACGGAUGGAAAGACGUGUUUCAGAAAGCCGGAGGCAAACAAAACUUCUCCUUCAUUCCCUUCUUCCCCACCGACGGAUCCUACUGGGGAGUCCGCGGCACUGCAGAGAACUACACCGAUGUUAUCGAUGGGCUGUACACGUGGGAAACUUCAGCAUGGCCUUACCUUGACUCGGACAAGCAGAAUCCAUCUGAUUCUCUUGACAGGAACUAUCUGAACGCCUCUAAUUUCUUGGGGAAAGUUUACAUGGCGAGCCCUAGCCCCUGGUUCUUCAAGGAGUGUGAAGUGAAGGGCAAUUACCAGGGUCCGGGACUUUGGAUUACAAGGUGGGAACAGCUCAUAAAGCUGAGUCCUCCUCUCUUGGAGAUCGUGACGUGGAAUGACUGGGUGGAGAGCUCCUACGUGGCACCAUCGCUCAGCUCUAGCACAGAUGCUGCCAACGUGGCGGAUUUCACUCACCGUGCGUUCUUAGAGCUGGGGCAGUACUACAUCAGCUGGUAUAAAUCUGGUAGCGCUCCAGCAAUCACCCAGGAUUCGAUCUACUUGUUUUAUUACACCCACAGUAAAACUGUUGUCUUGUCGGGUAGCUUGUGCCAGGUUUCUGAUUUCAGUGCGCUGAGUGAUAAAGUGUAUGUGACGGCCAUGCUGACUGCGCCUGCCAGCGUGCAAUUGCAGUCUGGAAGUUCCUCACAGACGUUCAAUGCUCAGGCGGGGAUAUCUACGUGGAGCAUGGAUUUUCAAGAAGGGCAGCAGACGGCAGUCCUGAGUCGUGACGGUAAGGAGCUUAGUAAACUGGUUGGAAGUAAGAGUAUCAGUAAUUCUAAUGUGCAGAAAUAUAAUUUUAAUGUUUAUUCCACUUGCACUACCUGUACUUAA